AGAUGAUACCACACGUUUCUACCAUGUAGACGCAGACAGACACACAGACACACACUCACACACACACAUACUCAGCUUCAUCUUCAAACUUGAAUCCAGCAUGUAUCCUGCGCUGCUCUGACUGCACACACCGGCUGACGUGUUCGGAUUUUUCUGCAGAGAUAAACAAAAACAUAAACGCAGAAAAUGGCUGCUGCAGGUAUCCUUUUCACUUUGUGGAUCACCACUGUGUUUACCACUGGACUCGGAUGCCCUGAACUCUGUACCUGCACAGAUAAAUAUGGCUGCCACUUUGCUGUAUGCUCCUACAAAGACUUGACUGAGGUACCAGACGGUUUGCCUGCUAAUGUGACGACUGUGAGUCUGUCCGCUAACAAGAUCAGUGUGAUACCGUUGGGGAGCUUUGACAAUGUCACUCGGGUGACGUCGCUGUGGAUGGCCAACAAUGAGAUCGUCACAAUCGAAGAAGGGACUCUCGAGCCUUUGGUUCAUCUGCGUAACUUUGACAUCAGCCACAAUCGAAUCGUAGACUUCCCUUGGGAGGAUCUGCAGAACCUCACAGGCCUGCAGCUGCUGAAGAUGAACCACAACAAGAUGGUCCACCUGCCGAGGGAUGCCUUCUCCAACCUCAAAGACCUGAAUUCACUCCGACUCAACAACAACAAUUUUAUGACGAUAAUUGAUGGGACGUUUGAUGGUUUGGUGUCUUUGUCCUACUUGCAGAUUUAUAAAAAUCCUUUUGCAUGCACCUGCUCCCUCGACUGGCUCAGAGACUGGAUUUCAAAGGCUAUGAUCACGGUACCGGAGCAGAAUUUAAUCACUUGUGCAACUCCACCCAAACUUAGAGGGGAAGUGAUUGGAAAGUUGCCUGAGUCAAAGUGCACAAGCCCGAAUGUAACAUUAAGAAUCAAGCCAAAUGUUCACAACAAGACUUUCUACGAGGGCGUUGCGUUAGUCUUGACUUGUGAGUUCACAGGAAAUCCAAAGCCUCUGGUCAUGUGGAAUAUUCAAAGCAAAAGCCAGAGGCAAGAGUUGGUUUUGUCCUUCACUGAGGAUGACUCAGCAGAAUCAAAGGAGGACUCCAUGCUGUCCUAUAAUCCUGUCAAAGUCUUUAACAAUGGCACUCUUAUCAUUUCACACAUCAGGAAAGAAGAUGGCGGGAACUACAGCUGCUCUGCCACAAAUGAGUUUGGAAGAAGCGAGGCUUUGAUGUCAGUGGACGUGGUGGCUUUUCCUAAACCAACACCAACUAAACUUAUUACCACAACACCAGUUUUUACUAAAACGCACCCAGCUAUACGCCACAUAACAGGCAAACCAUUGUUUUUGGAUUCUGUGCAUAUCAAGAGAAAAGACUUCAUUAAAGUAGUACCUACUUUCCCACCCACUGUGGAGAUCAAGUCUUCUGAGGAGUCAACAACGUCCCCAUCACAUGCUAGUAAAUGUGGCUUGACUGCUAACACAAGAUACAUUUCUAGUCAUGUCUUUAAUGGGAGUGUGGAAGAUAUCAAGCAGUACACAUUUGACUUUGGAGUCAUUGCAUUAGGAGUGUCGGAAACAGAAGCAGCAGUGCGACUCAAUCCUCUUCUCAUACCGAGAGACAUCAACCAAUCCCCCAACACCGCCCCAAUGUCUAAUGAGAGUUUCCACAAUGUCAGUGAAAAGCAUCAUGGCCUUUCUGCUGCUGGUAAAACAGUCUACUCAAAUGGCUUGUAUCUGUGCGUUGCUGCUGAUCUCAAACACUCGGCCGUGCAGUGGUCGAGAAUCAAAGACGGCAUCUACACGUAUCUGUUCAGUGGUUUACGUCCCGACACAAACUACUCCCUGUGUCUGACCUACAGAGGGGAGGAUUGUGAGGUCCAGGUUCUGUUCAGCACCAGGAGGAGGGUGCCUAACCUGCUCAUCAUCAUCUCCGUCAGCAUCUGCCUCCUGACAGUGUCCACAGUGCCUCUCCUUGGAGCGACAUGCUUCCACCUGGUGUACAAAUACCGCAGCAAGACCUACAAGCUGAUCCUGAAGGCAAAAGACCAGUAUCACAUGGAGAGGAACCUCGCCCCUAACUUCAGGGCAUCUCAAACCGAGUCACGGAGGAAGAUUAAUGGAAGCCAGCUGGACGAAGAGGAGGGGGAAACGGAGAGCGGAGACGGGGACAAAGAGGCUGAUACAGAAGAAAGUGUGAUGACCGAGUCCUUUUCUCUGUCUCAGUGCAGGGGGAAUUUAGACAACUGUGAGGUUGGGUCUGAGUUUAGUGAUAGGUUACCUUUGGGAGCUGAAGCAGUAAAUAUCACAAGCAACUACAGUUAUCCAAACCAGUAAUUGUUAUUAUGUUAUUGAAUUAUUUUGCCUUUUGGUAAACAGCAUUUUUAUUAUUAGUUUAUGCCAAAGGUUUUAAUUAGCUUUAGCCUUGCAAAGGCAGCACAGACAUUUUGCUUUGUCGGAAAAGACUCAAUGUACUUGUUUUACUUGCAGAGCUGCAUCAUUCAGUCACUACAGAGGCUUCCAGAUUCAAGGCUCUAUCUAAUAAAGGAUUAUCUUAUUUUAUGUUGUCUUAUCAGGGGGAUGUUUUCCAGACAAACAUUUUAGUACAAGCUGAACUAGAUACUGGCCCAUAUUUUUUUUGUAGCUGGAAAUAUCACGUCUUGUUGUUCCGUUCUUUCAAAGUAGGCAACUUAUUUCAACUUCCAUAAAGUGUCUGGAUCCAGAGCUUUGCCAAAAUACAAAUAGUGAUAGACAAUCAUCUGAAGCAUGAACAAGAUAUGUUGUGUUUUUAAGGAAUUGCAAUAGUAAGAAAUCCUGUUUUUUUUUGUAAAAUAUCUGUAAAAUCUGCUUUAUAUAUCUCAAUUGAUAAUAGAAAAAGAGGAGGUUCAGAGUUCUGAGUACGAGAUAACAAAUUAUUUUUUCAUUUUUGCAAUAAUUACCUUCUCACUGUACAUUAUCCUGCUGAGCACAUCACUAUCUUGAUGCAAAACAUUGAAUUCAAAUUGAUUUUUAUAGAGUUUAAAAGGUGUAUUGAUUUGCUUUAAGAAAUAGUGUAGUUGCUGUGUUACGAGAUCAGAACUCGUCCAUAACGAUGGUCUGUUAUUUAUAGCAGCAGCCUGCAAUAAAGAAAUAACAGUCUGUAAAAUGCCACAAUCGACCAAUCAGAAUAGAGUAUUCAACAGACAUGUAAUAAUAAACAUGUGUAUAAGUAAACAUAAAGGCUUAUCUGUUUAAUUGUGUUAAAUGAAUUUGACUAAAUGUUCUUGAAGACCAAAACCCUGAACAGUUUUUCUCAUCUGAGCCAAACCCUUAAGGAAGGAAUGGAAAUCUUACAAAAUGUGUCAUUAUAAAUGAAAAACCUCUGAUUGCUGCCAACAUGGUACCAGGAUGAGGACUUUCUUCAGAGUGUACAAAUGUAACAAAGCUUGUGUCUUAAAUAUAAUGCAUUUCAAACUGAUGUCAACUAGAUUUAGGCAGUAGUAAAUGGGCUAACUGUAACUAACAUUCAGUAUAUCAAUAUUCUACAUUCUGUCAUAUAAUAAGUGCAGUAGUUUGGAGAGGAUUUGUUUUUAGCUUCAUUGGAUAUAUUCUAUUAUAAGCUUUAGCAUAUUGUAACUCAGGUAGGAUAAUAAGGAAAGCUUUUUGUCCUGUAUUCAGGCUUGAUUAAAUCCAGCCCAUGACAAAGGACUUGGGCCAAUCAAAGGUCAUUUCAAAAAGCUAUUUGUUCCCAUUGCUUCAGUAAAGGCUGUAAAGAAGGGGAAAAGUUGCUAUGCCAGAAUUGGCAACAAUUGCCUGCAUUGCAAAACAAACCAAAAAAGGAACACAAGUUGAUCAAAAACAGAGUGACGAUAUACUGUAGGUGAAGAGUUGCAGAGAAAAUUAGCUUAUAGUUUAGCCUUCUGUGUGAACUUACUCCUUUGAUACAGCCAUUAACGGCAAUGGUUAACAACAUGCUAAACUAUUGGCAAGUAUAUGGUUCUUUUUCAAAUUCUGCCUAUCCUGGGGUACAACAUGGAUUCAAACGUGCUAAAAGCUUGUGAUGAAUUAUUUGUCCAAUAAUGCCAAAAAUAACUCCCUUCCCCAGUUUGAAUCUUCUCAUGAGAGUUUAGGCGUUUAGAAAACCUGUGUUGUUUCAAGGAGAAACACAUUGUGUCCCACAGCUAUGAGCUUUUCAGUUGUACUGUGAGCAAGUCCUAUGAAGAAAACUGUUCAUGUUAAAUAAAACUUAGUGUUAAUAAAAAGCUCUCUUUGUUGCAUGGUCAAAUGUGGACAAUCGAUAUUAUCCUCCAAAUGUACUGCGGGUGUAACAGUACGAGCCUCUGUGAAGUUAUGCCUUGUUGUACCUCGGUCAUGUGUCCAUCUUGUCGUAUUUCCAACAGUAUUGUGUUAGGAGACCUGCAUGCUGUCUGUUGUCCUGUAUGCUGCGUCUUGGGUAAAUAUUCUUGACUUGAAAGUAACUUUAGGCCUGUAUUUGUCUUAAUUUGUUUUAUACCCCUGUAAUAAAUGUAUUAAUAGGAUUUACCAAAGUGUUUCAAUAUCCUUGCUAACUCUCCACUAACUGUGCCUCAAUAAA